UUGCCCCGUUCAGCUCCUGAGAGAGCAUCCUGCUCCCCUGUUCUCCUCGGUUUCCAGACACUCUUUUCAAAAAAGCCCAAAGAAAAAUUACCAAACUGUGCUGGGCUUCCACAUAGCCAGCAGAACUGAGAAGCAGAACGAGAUUAACUGGAGGUAGGCAUGAACUUGCAUGAGUGGUAGUGGGAAGCUGCUCCUUGUGAAGAUGGCAGCAGAGUCCCAACUGAAGUGAAUGCAACUGAACAAAAUGUUUCCUGGUGCAAGUGAAUGAAGGCAUGCUUUCCCAUUUGAUCUGCAGCUGUUAAGAGUUCAGUGGGUUGAACUGCAAUCCUUCAAGUUCAUCUGUUGACUCCAACACAAAACUAUUAUAAACUGUGCCUCUAAAACACGUGAUGAAACAUUUCUUGAGAGCUAUUUAUUCCAACUGCAGCAGAGGAAAGUUUUCAGAACACCCGGCAUUUGGUAGAGGAAAGGUCUCUUGAGCUUUACAAAAGGAGGAAUUAUUUGCAUUCCAACGCUUUAGCCGUGGUAAAACACUUUCCAUGCUGAAGAUGGACCAUGCAAACAUGACCCAAGCCAUGCUUGAUGCUGAAUCCCGCAACACGGAGAAGAACAGCAGCAACGAGUAUUUUUACAUUCUGAUUGUCAUGUCUUUCUAUGGGAUCUUCCUGAUAGGGAUAAUGCUUGGCUACAUGAAGUCCAAAAGAAAAGAGAAGAAGUCCAAUUUGCUUCUGCUCUACAAAGAUGAGGAGAGGGAAUGGGGGGAAGCUGUGAAGCCUCUACCAACCAUAUCGGGGCUGAAAUCUGUCCAGAUCCCCAUGAUGCUGAACAUGCUGCAGGAGAGCAUGGUGCCGUCCCUGUCCUGUGCCAUCUGCUCGAUGGAAGGCAGCAGUGUGAGCUCCGAGUCCUCCUCCCCAGACGUGCACUUCACCAUCCAGGAGGAAGUGCUGGAUGCUGAACUGGGCGAAGUGUCAGAAACGCUUCUCAACGAGAGCAGCGAGGGAUCUGCAGAAAACAUCCACAAGAACUCCUAGCACUUGCAGGGCUCCCUUGAUCAGCUGCCAAAGCGUGAGUGGAGCUCCCACUAAGAACUUGUGGUCCUACUUUCCUGCUCUCCAAUGAACUCUGAACAGGUAUCUGUGCCCCUGGGCCCGAGGUGUUCCUGAGAGCUGGCAGGACAAGGAAGCAGUGGUACCCAACUACAAAGUGUAACUUGCACAUAAUUGGGAUGCUUAAUUUUAAUUUUUUCGUUAUUAUUUCUUACCAUAAGAACUAAGAACAAGGAGAAUAUAUAUAUUUUUUUUUUCUAACGAGGUAACUAUUACUGGCAUGUCUCUGCAUAUUUCAGAAAUCUGCAAAUAUCUAGGUAACGUUAAGGGAAAUUACCCUAGCGCAAGUGCCUGGUUGUUAAAGACAAUGGGUAAUGCUCAUUCACACAAAACUCUGAUAGACUAGAAGCAUUUUAACUGUGUUUUAAUUAUAACAAACCACAACCAAUAGCAGAUUUGCUCAAUGCAGCCUCAAAAACUGAAAAUUUUUUGAUGCUGUAGUUGAAGGAAGAUUGCAGCAUAGGUAGAGACUGACUUUAGGCAUAAAAAGAAUCAAAGAAAAAUAAAAAAAAAGUAAAAGAGGCACUGAAUUUCUAGGAGGUUUGUAAAACCCAGUUUCGGAUCCAUGCCACUAUAUCUAUCUUUGCUUAAGUUGUACCUGUACUGGCUGGGUCAGGUUCACCAACUUCUGCUGCAAUCCAGCCUUUGACUGAGUUACUAGUAGGAAAAAUGGUUUUGUUUUUUGGUUUUGUAUUUUUUAAAGAUAUGUACAUUUGAUCACUAAAGGCAAAGAUCUGUAAGUUACAGAAGACAUUAAACGAUCUUUGUUGCAAGGUGUAAGACAUAGAAAGGCUUGAACAAAUGCUGCUCUGUUAUGCCCCCUUGAAAAAUAGGUGUAAUUCAGAAUAGAAUUUAACCUAGCAAGGGUGAAAUCCUGGCCCCACUGAAGUCAUCAGCUGAGUGCUCCUGACUUCAGGGGACAUGCACAAGAUUUUAUGCUUCUCUGUUGGAGUUAAAUUCUCCAUUGAGGUCAGUACAACUGUACCCAUUUACAUCAUUAAAGAAUCUAGACUUUCUUCUCUAUUUAAGCCAGUGUAGAUAAACAUUGCAUUACAUCGUUUUUAUUUUUUAUAAUCAGCUUGCAUGUGACACAUGCAUUUCUAUAAAGUCAUUAGUAGCUAGUUUUUAAAACCACCACAAACUUCCCCUCCCCCCAAUUUAAUGGUACUGUGAUUUUUUUUUCAAAUGCUCAUUAAAUUAGUUUCUAAACUAUUGCACUGUUAAAAGAGGUAAGAAUGAAUAAAAAUAUAAGAAUGAAUAUUUCAAUCAUGUCUUAUAUUUUAUAAUAACUUAUUACAAUGUUUGGAUUAGUUCUGAAGCAUGAGGGCUGAAGAGCUUGAAUCUAAAGCAUUGCACAGCAAAAUGUUUGCAAAAUGUCUCCACAUAUUUCCUGCGCUAAAAUAGCUUUGUGAUUUAUCCACUGGCAUUAGACCUUGAGAGAUAGCUUGAAAAAUAUGAAUGCUGAACAGCAGAAAUGAACUGAGGCAAGAGUCUGCUGUACUUCUGUGGUUUAGAAGGGAGAACCCUGCCUUUGGCUUGGAGGGUUAAUGUGAUGUAGCCUGCAGAGGUAUCAGGGUCUCUCUCUAAACACAGCAGAACAAAGUCUCCAUUGUGCUCAGAAAGGGCCUGAUUCAGUUGAGACUGAAGGCAGUGGGAGUUUUUCCAUCCACUUAGUGAACUUUGGAUCAGACCAUAUAAAGCUUUUUGGUAGAUUUACUCCAAAAGGGGCUGUUUUAAGUUUGAAAGAAACCAAAUUAAGUUUGGCACUUUGCCUGGAAUCACUUGAAUCCUGAAACUUUCCAAAUGAGACUGACAUGCGUGAGUUGUCACAUUUUCCAUUGCUUUCUCCUUCGUCCUUUUACUUUUGGUAUAAAUGUAUGUGUAUCUGUAAAAAAAUGAUGUAUAUAAUUCCUAACAUUGAGUUGUAUAUAAUUGUCUCAUGUAUUUAAAGUUUAUUGUUUCUACUGGCACUAAUUUUUAUUUAA